AUGUAAAUUAAAAUUGCACUAAUAUUGUCAAUUAUUUUAUUUGAAUGGUCAAAUGCUGAUAAAUUAUUGUUUAUUUAAGCUAUAUGGAGACAUGGAUCAAGAACACCUGUUAAUUGUAAUUGGAAUUGUGAAUAUUUUUUGUAAAAUGAUUUAUUAAAUGGUGAACUAACUCCAACAGGAAUGAGAUAACAUUUUUCCUUGGGUCAAUGGAUGAAAAAGAGAUAUAUUAAAGAUUAUAAACUUCUAAAUGAAACCUAUAAUGCUUCAGAAAUAGUUGUCUAUUCAACUGAUGUUAAUCGUACAAUCAUGAGUGCCAUGAGUAAUUUAUAAGGAAUGUAUUCUAAUAAUGGACCCAAUAUACCUAAUGUUUCAGAUAAUUAUUUGAUUCCUCCAAAUCCAGGUGCUAAAUCUCCAACUGAUAUUGGUCAAUCUGCAAUUCAUUAUAACCUUUAGAUAUUACCAAUUCAUAUGAAAGAAGCUAUUACUGAUGAAGGACUUUUAUCAAUAUUGAUAUGUCCUAAAGGUUAUGAAAUGUUUAGUUAAAAUAUGGAAUCUAAUUUAACUAUGAAUGUUAUUCAAAAAGCUCAAAAUACUUUAACAUAAUUUUGUAAUGAAAUGAAUAUUGAUCCACUUGAAUUCAAUAUAUUUACACUUACAGAAUAUAUGGAUACAUUUUAUUCAUGUAUAUAUAACGAUUAUCCUAUGCCAUCUACUCUUACUUAAACAACUUUCAAACAAGCUGACUCUCUAUAUGCCCUGACUAUUGCUUUAUAACUUUAUCAAACAUGGCAGUAUUCUAUUUUAUUAUUUUAAUAGAUAGAUAUCCAUUUUUUCAUCACCUUUUUUUGAAUCUUUACUCUCCUAUUUUGAUUCAGCUUUGAAUCAAUCAUAGAUACAAAAUCAAUAUAAAUACAUAAUUUAUUCAGCUCAUGAUAUAAAUGUCUAAUUAAUAGCUUCUGCUUUAAAUUUUACAUCAGCUGAAUGUAUGGCUUAAGUUUACUUAGGACAAGAAGUAAAUAACAAAAAUUGUAUAUAUACAUAUCCAGGAUUUGCUUCAAAUAUUAUUUGGGAAUUAUGGUAAGAUGAUAUCUCUCAUGAUCAUUACAUUAAAAUACUCUAUAAUGGCACAGAAAUGAAUUUAUGCAAUACAGAUUCAAAAUAAUGCUCUUAUCAACUUUUCAAAUAAUUAAUCCUAAAUUAAAAGUAUGAUUUUUAAAAAGAAUGCUAAGAUAUUGACCCUAUUGUAUUUAAUUAUUUAACUUAUUUUAGAUUCAACAGAAAGUUCCCAUUUGGAUGACAACAUUAAUUAUCAUAUUUCUAGUUAUUUUUUUAGCUUUACUAUUUUACAUUUGUUAUUUAUUCAGAUAAUUAAAAUAAAAAAAUAUUAAAACAUUAAAUGAAGAUUAGAGAAAUUUAAAUUAAUAUUAUGAUUCAUGA